ACCGGAAAUUUCACUGUGCGUUCUCUAAACUUUGUAAUUAUGCCUACCAGCCAAAAUAACAUGAUCCAAAAUUUUACAGAUUAUUACAAAAGAUCGGUCGCACAAUUAUUAAUGGCUAUUGGGAUUUGAGGUUAUUUUGUACGGUGAUAAAAUUAAGUAAUCCGAAAAUAAACAGGCCAGAUCAAACCGCAAAGUAAUGGCUGACCAGACUUUUACACAAACAACCACUAGCCCAUUUAAAUUUCAAUUUCAUAGUACCUUACUUACAUCCCAAUGUAUAAUAAUAUCAGCAGGGCUACGUUGUAUACUCUACUAAUCAUUUGCACACGUUAUAUGUUUAGAUAUUACUCACAUGCACACUCACACCUACACAAGGAACAGUCGAUAAUUUGCACGACGAGAAUAAACGUCUGCGAUGAACAUUUCCAGCGUUCUUUUUUCAAAAUACAAUUUAAACGGUGAAAAAGGGAGUAAUAAACUAAGUUGUGCGAGACAUACUGGCCGGCUAUAACGCCUCGGCUCUAAGAUGAAAAAUAAAGAUAAAUGCAAUCAAAACGGGAAGGAUUGGCGGGAGCGCUCCGAGCUCGUCUCUGUGCCUGAAGAUGAAAGCGAGCUGGUGCCACAUGCGUUGCCGCGACUCAGCAUCGUGCCACCCUGCAGUACUAGCUCCAGUGUUGACGCUCUCACGACGAAAAGUGUCAAGCCUUCGUUAUCACAUGGCGAUGAAUCGAUGACGGUGCUCCUGUCUGCGUUUUAUGCGAAAUUGUUAAUAGUUUUAGGGAUCGCGCUGCCCGUUACCAGCACUAUACAGAAUGAGCUGUACACUAAUUUAUCUUCCGAUAUUUUUACGAUGUACCUGUACAUAGUUAGCAUGACUUUUCUGGCCUAUACAUUUUACCACCUUCGCAUUUCGUCAAAACCCAAAAACCAAAAUCUAAAACGCACGCGGUACGGAAGCUUCUACCUGCACAUGGGGGUGGCGGGGUUCAGCGUGGGCUCCAUCAUCUACUCGUGCCUGCAGGUGGGCGGGUACUUCGACCUGCGCGGCGACUGUCGCCUGCUUGUCGUGGCGCUGAAGCCGGCCCUGAGGAUACUGUUUACGGUCGCGCAGACUGUCUUCAUAUUCUCUUAUACCGAUAUCUUAGACCCAAUGCGGGGCAUCGUGCUCCACCGCUUCGGCCUCAUGCACCUCAUCGCCACCAAUGUGUGCGAGUGGCUCAACGUGGUCGUCCAGGAAACAAGAGACGACAUCAUAACAGUCGCCUACGACCGCCCCGCUAUGCAGCGCUACGCCAACAUCACUGGACCCCCAAAAAUAACCUACGAAACCAAUUACACACAAGAUGAUCUAUCUCAAAACGCCACUCAGAAUAUCACAGAUUUACUCGCCAACCUGAGUGCCAGCGAGACGUGGACGUGUAACGUGACUGAUAUGAUCGCGCCAUUAAUAAGAAGCGCCAAUCCGUAUUUACGACCGUGCGGGGUGGAAUACAGCUUGCUAUGCUCCGUCAUUAUUGCAGUUAUUUGGAACGAUAUUUGCACUGUGCCCGGAACGAAAUCGUAUAAAGCACAGCUUGCCGCUAAUGCAACGCUAGAUUCUCAAAACAAAGGCUACAGCAAAUUUAAAGCCAACAACCAUUACUCGGUAGACUGCGGCAGUGCUCAUAAGGGCUUGUUCAUGGGAGUGGCUGUGUUGGCGGGGACCAUCGUCAGUCUGAUGCUCUUCAACGGCUUAUUCCACAAUAAAAAGCAUGUGGAGCUUGCUUUAUUACAGAUAAACAUCUGGGAGACGAUCCUGUUCCUCCUGAUGGCGGCGGGCUCGGCGGCGUGCAUCCGGCGCAUGCGCACGCUGCGGCUGCGGCGCGCCGUGCCCGCGCUGCCGCUGGAGCACGCGCUGCUGCUGGUCACGCAGUGCGGCGUCUACCUGUACUACCUGUUCCAGAUCAUCGGCGCCGGGUUUCUUAUACAUCGGUACCCUGAGGCUAGACGGGCCACCAGAAUAAUCUCCCCCCUAUGCGCGGUGGUCCAGAGCUCGUUCCAGACCCUACUCGUGCUGGACGCCUGGUCGCGGCGCUGCGGCGGCGCCAGCCGGCCCGGCCGCCAGCUGGUCACCUUCUUGUUAGUGGGCAACUUCGCGCUCUGGCUGCUCAAUAGAGUCAAGAACUCUCGUGCUGAGUUUCAUCCUUUACAGAUGGAGUUCUACGGCGUGUGGGCGUGGACGUUGAUCACGCACGUGUCCGUGCCGCUGCUCGUCUGCUACCGUUUCCAGGCCACCGUCUGCUUCUAUGAGAUCUGGAAGAAUUCCUACAAGCAGAGCAAGGAUACUAGGAACGAACUAGAUUUUGACGAUAUAGAAUUAAAGAAUCAUGUUGCUUAGAAUUUUA